CAGAGAGACAUGAACAAGGAGACUUGCCGGACAACUUGUUUUUUAUUUUUCUCCCUUUCUUAAGUGCUUAAGUGCUAAACUCUAUGAGGAAACUACAUGGCUUUUGUCAGUUUUCCAUCAGGACUGUCAUGUGGACAUAUUUUAACAGAUGACAGCUAUUGCACUAAACAUGGCAAGUCUCUCAGCGCAGAUCUCAGGGAGCGUCUCUGUGAAGGAUUAUGAUCAAAGUUGCUGCCCGAUAGUGGAGAAACUUCUGUGAAGAUGAACCCAGAAUCUCUGGACUCAUCUAUACAGAGUGCUCUAUCAGCCCUCUACCCACCUUUCGACGUCACAGCGCCCAUCGUCAUCAGCCAGCUCUUCCGCACCAUUGAGGAACGUUACCAUGGCGAUGCCUUGCAAUGCCUACUCGAUUUCCUCAUCCCUUCCAAACACCUGUUGGAAAGUGUACAACAGGCUGCAUGUGCUGGAUACUCGGAUGUGGUUUUCCGCUGUGAGGGUUGGCCUCUCUGCCUCCAUGACAAAACAGUCAUCCAGUUAGCACCUGUGAACCCUUUGCUGCUGCGUCCUGGAGAUUUCUAUCUCCAAGUAGAGCCUUUUGGUGACCAGGCAGCUCGUGUUGUCGUCAAAAGCCUCCUGGAAGCCGGAUGUCGGGAAGUGGAGGAAAUCCCGAUCCCUGAGACUUCGUACCCAUGCAUUUUCACAGAGGACUGGCUGAAAGACAUCAAUGACGGGCGUCAAGGGACUCCUCUAUCACGCUGCUUACUCAGUACUGAUCAAGGAGUAAUAAAAUUGCCAUGGGCAGAGGUGGCCAUCCCAGAGUUUUUGGAUAAGCCUAAGGUUAUAACCACUCAUCGACAAGUUCCUCCUGUGCCAAAGCCUACAUCAUCUCCAUGCACUUACGGCGCAUCCACUCUGCCAUUGGAGGCACGGGUUCUUCCGUUAAAAGAUAAAGUGUCUGCAUCUCUAAGACCUGUGGAUUGUUCUUCCAAACUUGUUAAAUUAGAACAUUAUAAAAGACUCCCCAGAUCCUAUUCUAAAUCUCUUGUCAAACCUGUCGGUUGGGUGUCCCCGAACACAUGGGAUAGCCGCAACUAUCCAGAAAUUGAAGGUGAUUAUGUCGAUUUGGUGGAUGUUCCAAAAGGGAAUGUGUUGAAACAUGGAGGCCAAUUAAAUCCAGCAAAUUCUGCCUACAUUGAACCUGCCAGACCACCUCAAUGUACAACCAUGGUGAGCACCGUUUUCUGCGGACGCACCUUUCAGUAUGCAGAGGAGCCUUGUAUGCCAUGCAGCCAGGGAAAGCUGGAGGAGGACCUUUUAGAACAAGAUAACAAAUUCAGGUACAGGGAAUCCUACCUGGCGGCACUGAGAAACCCUGUCCCUUUUGAAAAAGGUAGCAUUGACCUCCUUACAGCACUGGAGGAGGUCGGACUUUGUGAAGAUUUGGACCAAAACAAUGAACUCGGACGGUUUUGUAACCACUGUAAUACACCAAUGUUCGGCCAUGAUUUCUGCCAAAACAGAGAUUGCUGUGAACCCAGAACGCAAACCUUUGGCUCCUGUCACAAAAACGUCCCUACGAGCACCAAAUCAGAGGACAUUUUGAAGGAAUCACCCGUAAUUAUGAAAUCAUCCCCUGUCUUAAGUUACAGUCACAAAGUUCCAAACAAACUUCUUUCUCAGCCUGAGCAGACGCAGAGAUCUGGAUUACCCUCAGAUGCGUGUGAAAAAAUGUAUGUCAUGAAAUCAUCCGGCAAACAAAAAUCCAUGUCUCGGUCUCUGUCAACUGUAUCGGACACUCCUAAAGGAAGUCCGCUUUUCUACAAACAAAAUAACAGAAGCCACAGUGAUAUUUGCCCUGAGACAGUUAGCAGCAUGAUGCAGUGCAAGAAAACUCAACUGCUAGGACAAGGGACUCCAAAGCUGGAAAAAAUGAAAUUCCUCAAAAAAGACCUCCAGCCAAGCGGAGGUGAUAGUCCCUCCACGUCAGAUGGACUGCAUCUCAGACUCCAGAUCUCAAAAACAGAAGAAAAAUCCUCCUCUCAACUCCAAUCUGCCAGCUGUAUGCCACCUCCUCAAUCUCUUCAACGUCUGAUGGACAAAAACAUAGCCGAUUUGCUAAAACUGGCUAUCAUUUGUUUACCAGGCAGCCGAGACAAGACUGGUCGGGCAGUAGUGGAGGUUCAUUGUGACAAGGAGUGGAAUUCACCUUGUCUAUCAGCACAGAAUCUCUGCGAGUUAUUGCUUUAUCUCCACUCCAUACCCAAGAAAGAUGUUCGAGAACUGGGAAUGACUUUGGUUGUCGAUGCCAGGAAGAAGGCUCCUCCACCUCACCUCUACAAAGCACUGCUCAUGGCGCAGGAACAAGCACUUCAUGCUGUCCAUAGUAUAGUGGUGUUGGUGGAUAAAGACACAUGUCCACGGCCUGAAAAGCAGACUGGUCUGCAGAUGGACUUGGUGAUGUCUAUGAAGGUGCUGCAUAAGACAGUGGAUGCUUCCCAGUUGACCUCUGAGCUGGGAGGAACCUUCACCUAUAGUCAUACAGAUUGGCUGCAGUUCCAUCAGAGAUUGGUUUCUUUCAUUACUGACCUGAAAGGGGCUGACAGUUUGUUGCAGAGAGCUAUUACUAAAGUGAAUGAGAGCAACAUAAUGGACACAGCCCAGGAAGUGCAUCAGUGCAUCCAGGAACAGAAGGGUUUGAUGAAGGAGGUGCUAGAGGAUGCUCGAUUGGUUAUGCUGCAGAGAGAGGGUGGAGCAGUACUGGCUAGAAUGAGGAGAGAAGAGUUCCGCUUUCCACAUUCUGAAGACUACAGAGAUUCUUUGGAAUCAGUGACGGAAAUGUACAACAAGGUGGAAGAGAAGUUGCACAUGUUGGUGAUGAGAUCAAAUGAAUCACUUCAACAACUGGAACUCCUUUUUGUGAUUAGGGACUUGGAUGCAAAAAUUAAAGAGUCUGCUAUGUGGUUCAGUGAAGAAGGUGAACAUAAACUGAAGGACUUUGACAAAAAUGAUAUUGUGUGCAUUGAAGAUUUCUUGCAGCAGUUUGACACAUUCCUCCUUCAAGCAAAGGAAAAAGAACAAUACGCCUUGUCUCUAGUGACCGAAGCGGAAAAAAAUGUGGGUACCUCGACGUCCAAUCCAGUCACAGAUGUUUUUCAGAUGCUCCUCAACACCUUCAAGUGCAAUGUAGAUAACUUCAUGUCACGUGUGGAGCAAAUGCAUAAAGAUGUGGAUACACUUGUAAAAGUGUACUGCUUCUGUGAGCAGGCAUCUGCUGUGGCCAAAGAAUGUAGUCAUUUUUUGGAGAAGCUAGAGCAAGGGUGUUACUUGGCUGAGUCCAAUCUCAGCACACUGCAGAUGUAUGAAGAGAGAUUAUGUGAUGAAUUCUCGACCCGACAUUUCCAGGCCUUCAAAUCUAAGGCCUGUUCUUUAAGAUCAGGAUCCUCGGGGGCGAUGAGCGUGUGGUAUGUGGCUUGGGGGCUAUGUCAAGAAGUCAGGCAGCGUCUUGAGAAGAUGCAGAAAAAGGAGGCAUGCAGAGAUAAGGAGAGUCAACAGACCACAGCCUUAAGCAAUCCGAGAGAGGCUGGAGGAAAGGAGAAUAAGACAGAAAUUAGGGAGGCUGUAUUGUCCAUGAACCCACAUCAAACCUCUCAAAAGGAUGUUUAUUUUCCUGAAAUUGAAAUUCAACAUACCGUAGCUGCGUCCUUGAAAGACAAUGAAAAAAGGCAGCCUCAAACUCUGAAAUUAGCAUCACUAAGAAAUGGAGAAUCUCUUACCGGUCCACAAAAUGUCCACUUUUAUCAUGACCCAAAAUGGAAAGCAAGAGGACACUCCAGUGAAGUUGACCUUAGAAGUGCAGUCUCAGGUCCAGGGGAUUCUGGGAUUGCACGACACCAAGUCUUGGGUCGUUCUCUUAGUGAGGGAUCAUGUACAAGUGCUCAUAUGCAAUUUGCCUUUGGUUUUUCACCUUUUAAUUUAAGACAGCCACUAUGUCAGAGCAAUAAGCAACCACUGGAACAUAACUCGGUGCCUCUCCAAAAACUUCCUACUUCCCACACUGCAGCUACAAGCUUCAAAUCAAGAGAGGGCAAUGAGGAAUGCCCCACCAAAGAACCAACUGCCUCAACCCAAAGCUCUGAAGAUGGAAAACAGAGAAUAUACGUCUCUGCAGAAAGCAAUGAAAGCAAUGCUAUGAAAUUGCGUAAGAUCAUCGAGGAACUUCUGUCCACAGAGAGAGAAUACGUAAAGGCUCUGGGCUAUGUUCGAGAACAUUAUUUCCCCGAGUUGGAUAGGAGCGACGUUCCGCAGGAUCUCAGAGGCCAGAAGGGAAUCAUCUUUGGUAACCUCGAAAAACUGCAUGACUUCCACCGACAUUACUUCCUGAAUGAGCUGGAGAACUGUGUGAAUGAACCCUUCAGGGUGGGACGCUGCUUCCUACGACAUAGAGAGAACUUUACUUUGUAUGCCCUAUACAGCAAGAACAAACCACAGUCUGAUAGUCUUCUCAUCAAUCACGGAAAGAAUUUCUUCAAGCAAAAGCAGCAGAAUCUGAGGGACAAAAUGGACCUGUGGUCUUACUUAUUGAAACCAGUGCAGCGGAUCAGUAAGUACAGCCUGCUGCUCCAAGACAUUAUGAGGGAGUGUGCGCCAGCUCAAACCGGAGAGCUGGCUGAACUCGAAGCUGCCUUGAAGGUCGUUCAUUUCCAGCUCAGACAUGGCAACAACCUGCUUGCCAUGGACGCCAUCCGCCAAUGUGAUGUUAAUCUCAAGGAGCAAGGGCAGCUCAUUCGCCAGGAUGAGUUCUCUGUAACAUUCCGGAAGAAAAAAUGUUGCCGUCAUAUUUUCCUCUUUCAAGAGCUCAUCCUCUUUAGUAAGACACAGAAGACAGAUGUGGGGAAUGAUACCUACAUCUACAAACAAUCAUUCAAGACUUCAGACGUUGGCAUGACCCAAAACACUGGUGACAGUGGCCUUUGCUUUGAGAUUUGGUUCAGAAAGCGGAAAUUCCAAGACACAUACACACUGCAAGCAGUCAGUCGAGAAGUAAAGGAGGCUUGGACCAAGGACCUGGAACGGAUCCUCUGGGAUCAGGCACUACACAAUCGAGAAGUCCGUAUGCAGGAGAGAGUUUUUAUGGGAAUUGGAAACAAGCCGUUUAUGGAUAUCCAACCCAGCGAUGCUGCUAUCAAUAACAGAGCUGUCGACUGUGGACUGAUGGCAAGAGAAAAUAAGGUGCUACCCUUUGUCGGACCAUAUGGGCCACACAAUGGCCUACCUGGGGCACGAUCAAAAUCGGCUGGUUCACGGAGUACAUCGUCUUCCUCAUCUUCCUCGGGACUGGGUUCCCUUUCCCCAACAGCAUAUUACUGUGGGCCGAAGAGGAAGGUGCUAAUAAGUGGCUUUGAAGGAUACCUGUCAACAGUGGGGGUUCUUGAGGACGACAUGGAUCCUGAGAGUGGGAGUCACAACCUAUUGUUGGACAGCUCAGAGUCUUCGGGAGAAAGUGUCAGUGGCCUCAGUAGCUCUGCUCGCAGUUACCGUUCGGUUUUGGAAAGAGAGGCUGAGGACGCGUCUUCCGUCUCCCCUUCCACCAUCACUAUCAAGGAGGCGGAAGGGCCCAGUCGCACUGGAGCUUGUGGCUCAUCUGAAGAAAGCCAAGAAUCAGUUGCACAUCAAGCCAAGAACUCAAAUGUCGGCAAGUCCACUGAGGUUUGAACAAUCACAGAUUGAGAACACUCAAGUGGGCAAAGAUCAUUUCAAAGAAGCGGAUCAUGAAAUCAGUGUAAUAUCGCAUAGAUCUGUCUUCUAAUAUCAUUUCUCACAAAACUGUCUUCAACAUUAAUCAGUUAUGAAAUAUACACUUGACAGUGCUUUGUAUAGGUUAAAGUUAACACAUGUAAACAGGAUCCUAUUGAUAUUUAACCUACAGUACUAUUCAUUCAUUAAACAACAAUUAAAAAUUGCAGUUGAUUAAUAAGGUAGACACAAAUUGCCGCCAGUGUCUCUAAAAAAAGUUAGAGGGUACUAUUACUAAUGGUUACAAAGGUAUUAUCUUAUAAGCGAUAGGUUUUUGUACAUAUGUAUCUACUGUUAUGUAAACACAAUGUGUCUUUACAACACUAAUAUGUACCUGAUAUUAAGAGUUGUAUGCCUUUCUAUUUGAUACAGUGGUAUGUAUGUUUGCUUUUUACUAUUGUUUUUAUUUGUGCCUCAAUUUGUUCUCUAACAAUAAACUUGAUUUACAAAUGUUCAACCAGAACAUGAUUUGGAUGUUUAAAAGUACUACACACUACGUACUACACAACACUUACACCUGUUUUUUGUUUUUUUUAAAUAAUAGUUUCUUGUGUAAAACACAUCCACAAUAACCCUAAUCAUAUUAUCCAGCAUUUAGUGUAACCACAAUCACUGUAAAUCACGCUGACACGCUCCCGCUUGUUUAUUUUUUGACAUUUCCUUCUUAAUAAUUUUACCCCAUAGCUAUUUUAUAAAUUAUUAUUAUUCAUGUGGAAGUGAAUGUUGUUGAGUGCACCACAUGAGCCAAGCCCUCCUUGGCUAAGGCCUCCAGUCAUUUCCCCUGUGUGGGUUUGGACAGAAGCCUGACUUUGGUUUCACUCUUCUGUGAUGUAACACUGUGUGUGAAGCCAAAGCUAAUGUGUUACCACAAGUCUGCCCAGGGUGCUUCAAUGGAGUUGGCCGCACGGCCUUAUUAUCCCAGAUUUAAAUGAAUGUUUUUUGUAAAUAGCACAAUUGACACUGUGGUUGUUGUGCUUUUUACGUAAUUUAAAAACAAAUCUCCCAUUGAAAAAUUUCAGAUUCAAAAUACAUACAGUGCCCUCCAUAAUUAUUGGCACCCCUGAAAAAGAUGUAUUUUUUAGCUUCUAAUAACUUUUUUUUUAAAUUCAAAUAAUAUGGGACCUUAAUGGAGAAAAAGAGAAAAAUCCAACCUU